AUGGCUGUAAGAAAGGUUUACAUGAACUGGUGUCAGAAAUGUCACAACACACUAGCGAUACGAGCUAUUGACAAGAUGCUUCGAAACACGCUUCGAAACACAUUAAUUCUCUGUGUAGCAUUAUACUAA